AUGAUGGAAGUGGACGGAGAAAAUCAUGAUGAGGGUUUGGAAAGAAAUUACCAGAGGAGGCCACAUACACAAAGAAGUCGGGUAGAAGCAAUCGAGUGGACGCUGGAGCACCACAAGCAAUUCGUGGACACCAUGAACCGGUUAUGUUUGGGAGAUCUCACAGUUCGUACACCCAGGAGGACGAUCCUGAUUGUGGAGCUUAUGAACAACGAGGCCUUUAGGCUUAUUCCCCGCUCAACUCUCUUGCGCCACAUCAAGCUCUUUGAGCGUUUUCAGAGUUGCCAGAAAGCCAGUAGUCACAGUGAUUUGAUGAGAGACUUUGAACGGCUUAACAUUAAUAAGGAGGAGGACUUGUCGUUUUCAUGGACACCGAAGUACUUGUCGUUUUCAUGGACGCCGGUGUAUCACGAGGACUUGGUGGAGGCAGUGAUCCAGUUGGGUGGGCUUGGAAAGGCAACCGCAAAGGGCAUUCUGAAGCUGCUAGAGCACCACCGUGACCUCACCGUUCAGGCAGUGUCGUACCAUCUCUCUGGGUUAAAGAAUUUACAGAAAAUGACUCGAACAUUUCAAGAAAAAAUCCACUAA